UUUCUUUUGAACAUAAAUAUCAUAUAAUUAUUAAUUACAAGUGUUAAAGAGAUCGAUCUGGUAUAACUAUGGAAAAUAAUGGAAGGAUGGCGGCGCUUGUGGUGGUUCUAAGUCUGUUGGUUCAUGGAACCGUGGCGCACCCGUGUGGGAGCACUUUUUUCUCGGCUUUGGUGCAACUGAUACCUUGUCGUGCAUCAGUUGCACCCUUUAGUCCGAUCCCGCCAAAUGAGGCUUGUUGUACUGCAAUCAAAGUUCUUGGCCAACCUUGUUUGUGUGUUCUUGUUAACGGUCCUCCUAUUUCUGGUGUCGAUCGUAGCAUGGCCAUGCAACUUCCGGAGAAAUGCAGCGUCAACUUCGAACCAUGUAUCCAUCCUAUAUACGUACAUAUGCACAUAUAUAGGGGAAAGUUCAUUUAGCAACCUGUAAAUGUUUUAAGGACUGAAAAGACCAACUAUUCACAUAUUAUUCAUAAUGAAUAGUAUUCAUCAUGAAUAUCUGCGUUUGCACUAUUAUUGAUAUUUAUUAUGAAUGAUUCAUUAAUAGCUGAGUCUUUUUACAGAUCACAAAUGAACUUGCCCUUAUUUAUAUAUAUCGUUGACUUUUUUUUAUACCUAAACAUGCUUUUUUAUACUGUGUAUGUGAUGCAGGUGAAAUCGAGAAGAAGAAAGAGUGAGCGUAGCGUGGCGUCCAAAUUUGAUCGCUCGAUUGAUGAAAAAUUCAAGAGAAUUAAUAAACAAGAGUGUCGAGUGUGCGUCUAGCCCGUGGAAAUAAUUUACUUGUCGAAUUUUAUCGGUGCUCUAAUCUUGCAUUGAUCGUAGGUUUUCAUAUUUUGUCGUUUGACCGUAGCUAAAUCUUUAAUGUUCCUUCUACAUUUCGUUCGCUAAUUAAUGUUAUU